GUUAUUAGCCUGAUCAGCUAGUGUAUAUUUUUCAUUUUCAAACCUGUUCAAAAUAAAAAUCAGGUUUAUAAAUAAACAAGCUGAGCUACUUUAAACACAAUGGCUGAAGAGGAGGAUGAGUUUGAGAUGCAGCUAAGACAGGAAGAGUUAGCAAGGCUGGCUAAAGAAGAGGGGGAAGCACUCACAAGGGGGAUAACUUACACAGAUGAUGAUGGCACUGUGAUGGAAUGGGAUCAUGAAAGGAAAGCUUAUUUUCCAAAGAUAGACACGGAUUUCAUAGCAAAAUAUCAGAUAAAUUAUGGAACCAACCUUGGACAACAACAAGAUGAAAGUGCCCAGUACAAUGAAUUCUGGAAGAACUACUACGAUGCCUACACUAAAGAGCAGCCUCCACUCCCCAAACCUGAGGAAGAAGAAGACGAGGAGGGCGGAGAGGGCAAGAAGAAAUCUGAGGAAACCUCCAAGAAACCCUCUGAUGAAAACACUACUGCCACAGCUUAUGAAGGGGACCCAGACCCCACAUCUGAGGAGCACUAUCAGUACAAUCUAUACUACUAUGGGAAGGAGUAUGCAGAUUCCUAUAGAGAAUACUACAAGCUGCACCCUGAUGCUGAAGCCUUGCCUGACUUUAGGGCCAGUGCUGCAGCAGCUGCUGGUACCAAUGAGAAUAACAAGAAGGAUGAAAAGAAAGGGAAGAAGAGGAAAGAAGAAAAGGGAAACAAACCAACAGAACCACCAAGAGAAGAAGGCUGGUUUGAGCCGAGCCCAGAUUCUUCCACCCAGCUGUAUGUCACUGGUCUACCACUGGACAUCACAUAUGGACAUCACAUAGUUGUAUUCAAUUACCUGUAUUUUUUUAUUUCAGGCUGGUUUGAACCCAGUCCAGAUUCUUCCACCCAGCUGUAUGUCACUGGUCUGCCACUGGACAUCACAGAGAUGGAGUUCAAAGAGCUCAUGUCCAAGUGUGGCCUCAUCAUGUUUGACCCUCAGACACAGAAACCCAAAAUCAAACUGUACAAAGACAGCGAGGGGAAUAUGAAAGGAGAUGGGCUAUGCACAUAUAUUAAGCCAGAAUCUGUGACCUUGGCCCUUCAGAUUGUGGAUGGAAUGGACUUGAGGGGGCACACCAUCACUGUAGAGAGAGCCAAGUUUGAACUCAAGGGCCAAUACGACCCCAAGAAGAAGAAAAAGAAGCUCAGUAACAAAGCCAAGCAGAAAUUGAAAGAGAGACAACAAAAACUUUUUGAUUGGCGUCCUGAUCCCCUACCAUUCCAGCGAGGCAAACAUGAAAAAACUGUCAUUCUAAAAAACAUGUUCAACAUUCAAGAAUUUGAAACUAACCCAGCCCUGAUCAAUGAACUUCGUGCAGAUGUCAGAGAAGAGUGUCUCAAAUUUGGUGAUGUCAAGAAAGUCAUCCUCUAUGAUCGCAACCCUGAAGGUGUGAUGUCUGUCACAUUCAAGGAGCCUGAAGAAGCAGACAGCUGUAUAGCUGCCCUCAACGGUCGAUGGUUUGCCAAGAACAGGGUGGUAGCCACAACGUGGGACGGCAAAAGCAAGUACGACAUUGUGGAGACAGAGGAGGAGAGGACCAAGAGGCUUCAGGAGUGGGAGGCCUUUUUGGAAGGGAAGAAACAGAGUGAAAAGGCUCUGGAAGCCUCCGCCAGAGCUGGUGCUGUUCCGUCAGGUAAUCCAGCGAUGGAUGCUGUUCCAACGAUGGAUGCUGACUCACAAAGUGAUGCUGUUCCAACGAUGGAUGCUGACUCACAAAGUGAUGCUGUCCCGCCAACUAAUGCUGUUCCGACAGCUGAUCCAGAAAUUUCUAGCACUGGCUUUGACCUGCAGGACCCAUCUCAGCUGGAAACAGACCCAGAGAGCUCAUCAGAUCUCAACAGUAAAACUCCACCUCAUGUAGAUAGUGGUUCAGUCUCUUUAAGGGAGACAACUGGAUCAGUAGUGCAAGAACCAGAUAGUGAUUCUGCUGUUUAAAAUAGUAAUGAAAUAAAAACAAUUUUAGCUUGUCCAGCAUGAGAAGAUUUUAAUCAAUUCUGCAGAAGGAAUGGUGGAAGAUUGUGUUAAUGUGAACUGAACUGAAGGGAAUUAUAUAGAUUUAUAAUUACAUUUGUAAAGCUUAUAACGCAAAUUUAAUUUAUGUAAGAGAUAUUUAUACAAAUUGAUACUGAUUUUUUUAAUGUGAAAAAAAAAAUAGUUAUGGCUUUAAAAUGUUUUAAAAUAGCUAUACAGUAAACAGAAACUUGAGCGUAUAAGGCUAACAUUAUGUUUGAUGAUUUCAAGCUUUAUUAUAUGAUGCAAGGUAAUAUUUGUAUGAAGGAAGUUAUGGAUUUCACAUUGUUGAGUCAUUGCCCCUUACGCUAAAUUUUCAUUUUGCCAGGAGUUAAGAAAUUUACUAGCGAUCAUUCUAGAGUGGUUUAAACUUAAGAUUUCUAUCCUUAUAAUUAUAAUUGCAAGUUACAAAGGUAAAUAUUCUUUACCUCAACAUUUAGGUAAAAUCUCAAUAUAUUUUAUUAAUUUAUUAAAAAAAAACCCAUUUUAAAUGAAAUAAUCAAGAAUAAAAUUUCCCAGUUUAGUUUUUAGGCUGAAUAACUUAGGGUUAACUAUUUAACUGUAAAUUACAACCACAAACUUUCUUUGCUUCCUGAUAAAUCUACAUGUUAUGAGACAGAGACAGCUGUCAGGAUUGUAUAUCUCUAGGUUCUAAGUAUAGUGUCAAUGAGAAAUUUAUUUUAUCCUGAAUUCUUUUCAUAAAAGAAUAUGAAUGAUUUCUAGUUUGUUGUAAAUAAAUAAUUUUUGU